AAAAGAAAACGAAAAAAUUACCACAAACUCGUUAUAUUUUGCAACAGUCUAGUAAUUGUGCAAUCAACGUUGGCGUUAAAACAAUUACAAUUUAAAAGAAAAGUGAACGUUUCAAAUAUACUUCACCAAAUAGCAUGAUAGCAAUGAAAACUAUGCCGCAUCUGCGUUUGUGAGUCCCAUGUCAGUAAACAGAAAGAGCGAGAGAGAACCUGUCAACAAACACCGAAUACUACAUCCAAACGCAAUAGUAAAACGAGCGAAAACUCCCAAUUAUGAGACUCAGCGCAAUCGCACUCAGCACAUAUUCCACAUAAAAAACAGCAGAGCGAACCGUCGCAUCGGUCUUGCUUGCACCGGAAGGCGACGCGUGUUUCAGAUUGACGAGAGCCAGCAACGCGUCGAGUGUGCUUUUUAGCGACGUGCGCGUAAAACAAAAGGCGACAACGACAUACUACAACAAAGUAACAGAAGUCAGCAGGGAGAAAACGAAAAAGGCAGCGAAAGAGAGACAGAGAGAGAGAGAGAGUAAAUGGAUGCUUGCCACCCACAGCACUAGCGGCGAGAAAACCAAAGCGAAUGUGUGAAGUGCCCGCCGACUAAAUCACUCACACAUACAAACACAUUCACAAAUACAAUCAAACGACACAUAGACACGCUCGCUCGCACGCAAAAUAAAACAAAACGGAACGCAGAGAAAAAACGCCCACCGUACAGCCCUUCCCCCUUCCGUUUGCCGCUAGCGCGUGUUUUCGUUGCCAGAAGCAACCAUCACGUCACAGUCCCCUAAGCGGUCGAAGAAGAGAGCCGCCGUUGGAGCCCUGCGCAGAAAUCGAUUUUUUUUUGCCCAUUUUCGUACGUGUUUCGCGUACGAAGUCAACCUCAACCGAAAUUCGUUUAAAACACGCAUUGUCUCCAAAUGUGUGCAAAUGAGAGGUAAGCAGCUGCAAACGCACUGCAAUUGCGGAUUCGUGAGAAUAGCCAAAAGCGAAUAGGUUAACUGCAGCGCGAUCGAUCCGCGAAACCGAUGCCGAAAACGAAAACGACACACACGCUGCCCCACCCACCCUCGCGCUUUGAGUGAAUGUGAAUGUGCGAAUGCGUGCGCAAAUGCAACGGCGAUCGACAAGUGCAUAACAAACAGCCCAAAAUAAAGCAAAUAAAGAGAAAAGCAACAAAUAUAAAUAAAUAAUAAAACAACCAAAAAAUAGUGUGCUAAAAAGCUGUUCGGGCAUAAAUCCUACGCAUUGUUAAAAAUUAUCUGUGCACAGGCAGCAGCAAAAAGAAAAGAAAAAUAAAAUUCACAUAUAUAUAUAUAUGUAUAUAUAAAAGCAAUUUCUUGUUGCUGUUUUUUAAGCAAUCGCCGUGAGUCAUAAUUUAACGCUUUUAUUGUUGCUGCUCACUACUUGACUUAGCUGCCUGGCAUUGAGGUGCUGCCCCAAUCGUCGCUCUCUUUGCGCGCUCUUGAGCGCAAAACACGCGCGCCGUUAACGAAAAAGGCUAAAAGGAAAACGAGCUAGAAUUCUUGUAUAUAUAUAUAUACAUAUUAUUUAUAUAUUUAAGAAUAUAUUUAUAUAUGUAUGUGUGCAUGUAUUGCUAACCAAAGUGAGGUGCGUGUAACAAGAAGAAGCAGCAACAGCAACGAAACGGCAACAAACAAAAACUAAGGCCAAGUGUUUAGUGAAGUCGUAUUUAUUUAGGGCAUGCGAAAAAACCAUUUAGCGGUCACAAAAACCUACGAAAAAUCAAUAGUCGAGAGUGUAAGCAGCAGAAAAUAAAAUAAAAUAACAAAAAAAAAAAGCAAUAGCAAAAAGCGUGCAAACAAGUUAAGCAACAAACGCUGCAAAAGUUAACAGUUAACUGCUAAACGAAUCAGCGGCAGCAGCAGCAACAACAACAACAACAACAAACGCAAAGCAGAGCUUACGUAAAAAGCUCGCACGAAACUGUAAAUGCAACUGCAACUGCAUUCGGAAUAAUCAAUCUGCCAUUAUUAAAAAAAAACAAAUUGUAAAAACACAAUAACAAAAGAAAUCAACGAAUUAAACAGUACACAACAAAUCGAAAAUAAUAAUUAAAAGAAAAAAAGCAACAGGAAAAAUCAACUAGUUGACGACAGCAUGACGAAAGACAGAUUAGCCGCGUUGCAUGCCGCCCAGUCGGACGAUGAGGAGUCGGAGGAUGUGGCCGUCAAUGUGGACGGCCAUGAUUCGUAUAUGGAUGAUUUCUUUGCCCAGGUGGAGGAGAUACGCGGCAUGAUUGACAAGGUGCAGGACAAUGUGGAGGAGGUGAAAAAGAAACAUUCGGCCAUAUUGUCCGCACCGCAAUCGGAUGAGAAGACCAAACAGGAGCUGGAGGACCUAAUGGCCGACAUUAAGAAGAACGCGAAUCGUGUCCGCGGCAAACUCAAGGGCAUCGAACAGAAUAUCGAGCAGGAGGAGCAACAGAAUAAAUCAUCGGCCGAUUUGCGUAUACGCAAAACGCAACACUCGACAUUGUCCCGGAAAUUUGUCGAGGUCAUGACCGAAUACAAUCGUACCCAGACCGAUUAUCGGGAGCGCUGCAAGGGCAGAAUACAGCGCCAGCUGGAGAUAACGGGUCGUGCGACCACAAACGAGGAGCUCGAGGAUAUGCUCGAGCAGGGCAAUUCGGCUGUCUUCACCCAGGGCAUCAUCAUGGAAACGCAGCAGGCCAAGCAAACGCUCGCCGAUAUCGAGGCCAGACACGCGGACAUCAUGAAACUGGAGACGUCCAUCAAGGAGCUGCACGACAUGUUCAUGGACAUGGCCAUGCUGGUGGAGUCGCAGGGCGAGAUGAUCGAUCGCAUCGAGUACCAUGUCGAGCACGCCAUGGACUAUGUGCAGACCGCAACUCAGGAUACCAAAAAGGCGCUCAAAUAUCAAAGCAAAGCGCGACGAAAGAAGAUCAUGAUACUGAUAUGCUUGACUGUGUUGGGCAUCUUGGCGGCUGCCUAUGUUAGCAGUUAUUUCAUAAUCAAAGCGAGCAAGUAGCAAGACAUAUUUGUAGUAAUGUAUUUGAAACUAAAACAAACAAAAAUUCGAAGCGAAAAACAACAACGAGCAGAGCUAAAUUCAUUACUAGUCCACUGCGAAUGCACGUUUCUUUUUUAAUCACACCCAAAACGAGAGUCAAUGCAACAAUCAACAACAACAACACAAACAAUCAACAAAGCAACAACAAAAAAUAACUUCGUGGAUCGAGACGCAUUCAAUGUGUUUUCUCAAGCCCAACAACAACAACAACAACAGCAGCAACAA